UCCACACAAAACCAUGGCUUCAACUUUGAAACCAAUACUUUUCUUACUCCUAUCCUUCCACAUCUUCUCACUUGUCUCAAGCCACCAGCACCACCCUCUAGACUCUCUAACCCCUUCCGAGUUCACCCUGGUCCGAACCAUAGUCAAUAAAACCUACCCCAGCUCAAAGCUUAACAUAACUUUCCAGUACAUAGGUUUGGACGAGCCAGACAAACCCAUCAUUUUCUCAUGGCUAUCAAACCCCAAGUCCAAACCCCCACCUCGCCGUGCCUUUGUGAUUGCACGUCUCGAUAAACAAUCCCACGAGAUCAUAAUCGACUUAUCAACCCGUGUGAUAGUCUCUGAUAAAGUUUACCAUGGACACGGCUACCCUUUGCUUACCCUUGAUGAACAAUUUGCUGCCAUCGAAUUGCCACAAACAUAUGAACCCUUUAUCGAGUCUAUAAAGAAGAGAGGCUUAAACUUGUCUGAAGUUGUUUGCUCAACUUUUACAGUUGGGUGGUUUGGAGAGUUGAAGAGCAAAAGGGUGUUGAAGCUUUUGUGUUUUUAUAUAGAUGGAACGGUGAAUUUGUAUGCGAGACCAGUGGAGGGAAUAACGUUGGUGGUUGAUCUUGAUGAGAUGAAGAUAGUUGAAUACAAUGAUAGGCUUAUUGUGCCUGUGCCAAAAGCUGAGGGAACGGAAUACAGGGAAUCAAAGCAGAAGCCACCCUUUGGUCCUCGUCUAAAUGGUGCAGCCUUGGUGCAACCUGAUGGGCCAGGGUUUAAGAUUGACGGGCACACCGUCAGUUGGGUCAACUGGAAAUUCCACUUAGGAUUUGACGUACGAGCUGGUCCAAUAAUUUCUCUAGCAUCAAUUUAUGACCUUGAGAAGCAAAAAUAUCGCCAAGUUUUAUAUAGAGGAUUCAUAUCUGAGUUGUUUGUGCCAUACAUGGAUCCAACAGAGGAAUGGUACUACAAAACCUUUUUUGAUAGUGGUGAAUUUGGGUUUGGUCAAUCCGCAGUGUCACUUAAGCCCUUAGCCGAUUGCCCUACCAAUGCAGUAUUUUUAGAUGCAUACUAUGCUUCGAGCGAUGGUACACCAGUGAAGAUAUCUAAUGCCUUUUGCAUAUUUGAAAAUCAUGCUGGAAAUAUAAUGUGGCGUCACACUGAAACGAGUAUUCCUGAGGAAGUUAUUAGGGAAGUUAGGCCAGAUGUGAGCCUAGUGGUGAGGAUGGUCGCAACUGUGGGCAACUAUGAUUACAUUAUUGAUUGGGAAUUCAAGCCAAGUGGCUCCAUCAAAUUGGGGAUUGGACUAACAGGAAUUCUAGAGAUGAAGGGUGUGAUAUAUACUCACACAAAUCAAAUAAAAGAGAAUGUGCAUGGCACAUUGUUAGCAGAAAACACUAUUGGUGUGUACCAUGAUCAUUUCUUAACGUACUAUCUUGACCUCGACGUGGAUGGUGAAGACAAUUCCUUUGUCAAAAACAAUUUGGAAACAAUCAAAGUAACAAACCAUAGCUCACCAAGGAAAAGUUAUUGGACAGUAGUGAGUGAAAUUGCUAAAACUGAAUCUGAUGCCCAAAUUCAGUUUGGCUUGAAACCAGCUGAGCUAGUAGUUGUGAAUCCUAAUAAGAAAACCAAAGUUGGGAACAAUGUUGGUUAUCGUCUAAUUCCAGGAUCAGCGACACGCCCUCUCUUGUCGUACAAUGAUUAUCCACAAAUUCGAGGAGCCUUUACUAAUAAUGAUGUGUGGGUUACUCCGUAUAACAAGUCUGAAAAAUGGGCAGGAGGACUAUAUGUUGAUCAAAGUCAAGGAGAUGAUACCUUAGCAGUUUGGAGCCUCAGGAAUAGGAAAAUUGAAAACAAGGACAUAGUAUUAUGGUACACCACUGGAUUUCAUCAUGUGCCUUGCCAAGAAGAUUUUCCAGUGAUGCCAACCUUGAGUGGUGGGUUUGAACUCCGGCCAACCAAUUUCUUUAAUAGUAAUCCAGUCCUUAAAACAAGACCUCCAAAUCUUGUACGGUGGCCUAACUGCACCAACAAACCAUGAGAUUUUACAUCAUAGUGUAGUAAAUCAGAUUCAAUAAUGAUAUCCUUUGUCAUUGAUUAUCAUAAAAUGGAUAAUGAAUCCAAAUAAAAGAUGAAGCUUUAGAUA